UGACUGAAUUUGAGCGUUCAUCCGCAGUUGUCACCGUGGUGUGUAACGCCUUUUUUUUUCCGCUCUUAUACUGAGUCCAGUUUGUUUUUAACACUGGGUGUAAGUUUUAAACUGGAGACUGUGAAACCACGACUACUGACAGAAAAAACUACUCUAGUUGUCACCAAUGGAGCCCCGACUGAACAUAGAUCUGAGGGUUGUGUCCAUCUUGAUCAUCAUCCUCACCACAGGUUCUAGUGAAAACGACCUGUACCUGGAAUUUUGUGGCACCUGGCGUCAUGGAAAGGGCUCCCUGAGCCUCUCUGUCAACCUUUCCCCAGGCUGUGAUGGGGUCUCAAUCUCAGCCAAUAAGACCUCUCUGUCCAUCGAUGGGAAGAUCACGGCCCAGUGCAGGCGCUCUGACGUAGUCUCCCUUGAGCAGUAUGGACUAGGUUCACAGGAGGACAGUUACUUCUGUCUGUACUGGGAGCCAUUGCUGGACCAGUUGAAGCUGCAGGUCGCAGGAAAGAACCUCACUCUGUGCUGGCCUGCCAGCAUACAGGGCUCCUGCUGCACCGAUCUGUCUCAUGGCAGUAACACACCCUACGCAUCCUAUGGCAUCUUCGGUGGAUCAGUCAGAAAUGAUAAACUCAGUGAUAAAAUAAUGACGACCUACAACUUCAGUGGCGAGUCCACUGACUGCAAAAAGUUGUGUGAUCAACUGAACCAGGGAUCCACCCAAGUCAACAUGGUUGAGGACCCUUUGGCUGCAGGGUAUGUUAAGCCCUGCGCUCGCAGCUCUGAGGUUGUGAUGAAGAAGGAUUUCAGAGGCUUCAAUGUGACAUCACCUGCUGCUAAAGGUGAACCUGCAGAGCCCCUUAUCACUGUCCACAUCCCGCCUGCUUUAAAACAAGCUGCAAAAAAUACCAGCAAAGUAGCCUUCAGUUUCUUCAAGAACAACUCCCUGUUCCAGGACGGUCUCGAGAAAGUCAAGAUUCUUAAUGAUGUCGUGGAAAUCAAUGUGGAGAACGAGAUCAUCGCUGAUCUGCCUGAGCCAAUUAGGAUUGGCUUUCACCAUGGUGUCGUACCUAAAACGCAUGCAAGGGAAUGUGUAUCAUGGGACACCAGGAAAGAUCCUUUGCAGGUGAAAUGGUCUGUGCACGGAUGUAAGACACAUCAACAUGGACCAAACUACACUGAGUGCAUCUGUAACCAUCUGACUUACUUCUCUGUACUUGUGCAACUGGAGCCUCGCCCAGUGUGCCACCUGUUGGUGCUCACCUCCAUUACAUCUCUGGGCUGUGCUGUGUCUGUGAUCAGCUGUAUUGCUCUCAUCAUUUUUCUCUGCAAGAAGAGCAGGCGAUCUAAGGAGCAGUCCACUCCUAUCCACUUGGGCUUGGCUAUCUCUCUUGCUCUGCUCAAUCUGCUCUUCUUCUUCACUGGGGUCCUGGCCAACGUCGAAGAGAGUGUGUGCACCUGGGUGGGAGCAGCCCUCCACUACACCUUGCUCAGCUCCUUCGCCUGGAUGGGUAUAGAAGUUUUCCACACCUUCUGGUUGGUCUACAUGGUUUUCAGCCCCUUUCCAAAGCCCUAUGUGUGGAACCUGCUGGGUUUUGUUCUUCCUGCUGUUCCUGUUAUCGUCCUGGUUAUAAUAGGUGACAUUUAUGGAGUGAGAGAGGUGCAGCCAUGCGAUGACCUAUACAAUCCUUAUCUGAUGUGCGGGAUGACUAUUACCAACCACAAGGCCUUGCUGGCCCACUACUUCACCAAUAUGACAAUCCUGGUCGUCCUGGUGUGCUCGGGCACUGUGAUGCUCUUCCUGGUCUAUAGACAGAUCCGCACCAGGGAUGAAUGGAAGCAGAACCGGGUGGCUUUUCUCAGCAUCUGGGGCCUCAGCUGCCUCUUUGGGAUAACUUGGGGCCUGACCUUCCUGGACUUUGGACCUUUCUCCGAGUUUGCUCUCUUCCUCUCCUGCAUUCUUAACUCUUUUCAAGGCUUCCUCCUGAUGCUGCGGUUCUACAUGCUGGAAUGGAUCCGGAAACAGGCUGGUGGCUCUGGUCUAGGCAGCACCAGUUCUGGAUCUACUCGACAACACAUGCUACAGGAGAAGAGUUAGAUGGACUUUAAAAAAAAACAAGUAUGGUACAUGAUUCUGCGGAAGAAUCAAAGCUGCUGGGGUCUAAGCUUUUUAUGAAAAACAAAAGCAAAACUCCUCAGCUGAAAUGUUGCUGUCUGCUGUAGUAACUGCCGGGCCUGGUGCCCACUGUAUAUUUGUACAAAACUAGACUGGUUCUAGAUAUAGAAGCAAAAGAAUUGCUGAAGUUAAAUGAUUUCAGGUUACCCUGCUGUGAUUUCUAUUGUAUUGUCUGUAAAGAAAUCUUUAUAUUUUUAUUAUUAUUAUUAUUAUUAUUGAAAAUUCCUUUGAACCUUAGAUAAGCUUUUUUUAUUUUGUAUUUUGUACGGUGUAAAUAUUUGCUUUAUAGCUAAAGUCUUUUUAAAGUAGCACUUUGGAUUUUAUGUAAUUUUUAAGAAAAAAAACUGUUUUGCUGUAUUCUGCGUAAUUGAAGAGAUUUCAUAUACAGUGUGUUUGCAUUAUAAAAUAAUGGCUGAAUAUUUUAUAAUAAACUCCAGAAUAUUUUUCCAGACUGUUUUCAGACCUUUAGUAAAAACAUGAAAUAUAAUUAUUAUCAGAUAUUCACAUUCAGAAUGGACCAAAUUAAACUCCAGUUUGAAAAUUUGUUUAAUCUCCAGCAGAGUUUUUAGAUACUGUGAUACUUGCACUUUUUUUGUUUCUUUUACAGCCCUGGUUGCCAAACCAAUGCCCACUAGGGGUCGCCAACACUUCACUGGGAAAGUGGCCUUCUUCUAAAAAAAAUAUAUAUAUAUAUAUAUAUAUAUCUGUACGUACAUCUGAGCAAGAAAACUAUGAUGUUAUAUACUCUCACAGGAUAAUGGCACAGCGAAGAUCUAAAUGCAAAAUACAUUCAGAGCUUCUACUUUCUGCUAAACAGCAUCAUCCUGCAAGAUCUAAAGAAUUGACAAAACAAUGACCAAGCAUCAAGGAGAAAAAACAAAAACAUUGAAUCUGCCUGUUAUGUAUGUUUGAUUGUUAGCAUAAAAAGUUCCUAAACAUAUCAAGGAACCUUAUCUCUUAUACAACAUUCCAGGAAAUAACCUGCUCAAAACAAAUUCAAAUCACUUGUUUAACACAAACUUCCUGCAGUUAUUGUGUUCAUUAUUUGGGUUAUUUGUACAGUUUAUCAGGUCUUCUGUACUGUUGUUGUUAUGCAUUAAAUAUAAUAUGAAAUAUCCAUAAAUAUGUUACUUAGUCUGUUUUUCAAUGAUUAAAAAAAGGUAACUUAAAGAAAAGAAGGUUGGGAGCCAGUCAGUGUGUAAAUUUGAAUGAACUUUUCAUUGUGUAUAUUUUUGUUUUUGCAGAUGUAUAUAGGGUAUUAACAAACUAAUGACUGUGUGUUUGUUUAAAUGUACCAUUUGCAACGUAAGCAUAUUCGAGCCGUGCUGUUUUCCUGCUCCGUCGUCUCUCCUUCUUAUCUUCGUCUGCGUGUUUCCUCCCUGGAGAUUUUAGAUUUGUUGUUCUCUUUGCAAACAUGCUGCUUGUUUUCCAAAUUCUCAGUGUCUCUGCUACUUUGUGUACCAAUGCUGUUAUGUUUCCCCCCCCUAAGGUCAUGAUACUCAGGGCUUUCUUAGAAGAAGCUGACUUAAAAGUCAAUAAAAAAGCUUUAAACUAA